AUGAACCCAUCAAUAGUUAUUGUUUGUGUUAUCGCUCUGGCGAUCGUCGUCGGAGGCGAAAUCCGGAUCCGCGGCAAAGUAAGAAAAAGGCACACUGCUCACAGGAGGCAUCGAGCCAUUCUGCCGCCUUGCAACUUUAAUGAUACCAUUAUCGAAGACGAGUGGUCCUUGAUGGAAGCGAUAGGAGACUCUGAGUUUAUUUUUACGGCAAAAGUUUUAAGCGUUAAAAAGCUUAAAUCGAGAGAUGGUAUUCGAGUGAAAAAAUCAAAUUUAUACAGGUUGCAUUUACGUCGCGUUUUGAAAGGCGACCUAGACGAGUUUAGGACAUUUGUCAAAUCUGAUGGACUUGUGGGGGAUACGUUGAGUGGUUCGAUUUUGACGGUAGAGCGUCCAAGAGCGCAAGAUACUUGUGCUCCAGCUCCGAGACCGCGCCUUUCUGCAAUAUUCUUAAGUGACGGUGCAUUUGCUGGGCCUGAGAAAGGACCUACGCCGCGUUUGCGCCUGUUGACAGAUCCGGUUCCUCUUACACUUUAUCACUUGGAUAGAAUCAACGCCGCAGUCAAAGGUAAUUAA